AUGCCUGAUCCUAUAAUUGAGUCUCGUAUUGUUCUUGCGAUGGAUGAAAAACGUCGAAACCCAAAAUUAAGUAUCAGACAUCUUGCAAAGCAGUUCAGCAUUCCGCGCACGACCUUGCCAGAUAGAAUUGCUGGAAGACCUUCAAAGAAUGAUACACAUAGCAGUCAAUCAAAUUUGACAAUAGCCGAGGAGGAUGCGAUUGUUCAAUACAUAUCGCAGCUGGAUUCCAGAGACUUUUCACCUAGGAAGGCUGAUGUGGAAGAUAUGGCCAAUCUGCUACUGCUCAAGCGUGACGCGCGGCGCGUCGGGAAGUGUUGGACUGAUCGCUUCAUUGCACGACAACCAGAGCUCUGCACGCGUUUUUCUCGUCCGUAUGACUACCAGAGGGCCUUGCAAGAAGAUCCUGACGUGUUGAGCGCGUGGUUCCGUCUGGUAGCUAAUAUGCGUGCGAAGUACGGUGUCCAGGACAGCAACUUCUACAACUUCGACGAGACCGGCUUCAUGAUGGGCAUGAUCGGCUCCAGGAUGGUCGUCACGCGCUCAGAUCGAGUUAAUAAACCAAAAGCGGUCCAGCCUGGUAACAGGGAAUGGGUCACAGCAAUAUGCGCCGUUGCGGCGGAUGGUCAUACAGUGCCGCCCUUCCUCUGUGUUGCGGGCCGAUUCCAUCUUGCCGCUUGGUACUCUAGCGGCCACAUUCCGAGCACCUGGGUCGUCAAGACGACUCCCAACGGCUGGACUGACCAUGAUACAGGUCUCGAAUGGCUGAAGCACUUUGAUCGGCAAACAAAAUCGCGUCAGAAGGGCGAGUAUCGGAUGCUUGUGCUUGACGGGCACGAGAGCCAUAUCAACGCCGAAUUUAACGAAUACUGCAAGGCUAGCAAGGUUAUACCACUCUGCCUACCAAGCCAUUCAUCUCAUCUAACUCAACCACUCGACGUCGGCAUUUUCGGCCUGUUGAAGAAGGCAUACGGCAGUCAAAUCUCGUUCCUCGCUCGAGCCAGCAUCACGCACAUCACCAAGGACGACUUCUUCCCCGCGUUCAGAACCACCUUUGAGGCGGUCUUUACAGCCAAGAACAUUAAGAGUAGCUUUCAUGGGGCUGGCCUAGUCCCGCUGAAUCCAGAAACGGUGAUUUCAAAGCUUGAUGUAAGAUUACGAACGCCAACUCCUCCGGUGGCUACUGACGCUCUGCCCCUGCCUUGGAUCUCUCAGACGCCCAAAACUGCCACCGAAGCUCUUUCUCAGUCAACUCUGAUCAAGGAUCGAGUAAGCAAGCAUCAAGGGAGCUCCCCGACGCCAAUUUUGGCAUCUGUCGACCAACUAGCGAAGGCUACAGUAAGUAUCAACCACCGGCUGACGCUUUUGACCGGAGAGAUCAAAGCACUUCGAGAGGCCAACGAGGCACUUUCCAAGCGACGAAGGGCCAAGAGAACACGGCUACAAGAUUCUGGGCCUCUUACUGGUGAGCAAGCCAGUCGACUUUUAGUGGAAAAAGGUGUGGUGAAGGAGGAAGGCCGUGAUGAAGGCGCGGAGGGGGGUCCGUCAAAACGGCACCAGACGGGUGCAAGGCUCUGUGGCAUUUGCCGCAAGAGUGGUCACAACGCAAGAACUUGUCCAGAGGGUGAAGAUAUCGACGAGGCAUCGAAUCAUGAUAUUUUUGGAUUCAAUUGA